AUGGUUGAAGAAGAGGAGUUGUUGAAACUGUUCGAGCAAAACUGGUCGGAGAGACCAAUCUUCAAGAAAAGCAAAGAUCUUUUGAAUCUCAACCGAGAGAAAAUACAAGAAGAAGAAGCUGUGAAGAAAUCUCCGGUGAGCUUUCUUGUGGAGAGAGCUAUGAGUGAUGAGACGAUGAUGACAAGUAGUUCAAAGACAAGCUUGUUUGUUUCUUCGUCAGACGAUCUUUUCUUGUCUCCUAGAUCUGUUUUAAACGUUAAAUCAUCGCCGGUGAAGCUUCAGACGAUUCUCUCAGGGAAAGAAGUGAACGAGUUCUCGACUGCGGAAAGAGAGAGAGUACUCUCUAAAAAGUCGGAGAAGGAAGAAGAGAGGAGAAAGAAGCAGAGAAAUGUAAGAACAAGAAGAGGAAAGAGUAUGUCGGAUCUGGAGUACGAAGAGCUUAAAGGGUUUAUGGAUCUGGGUUUUGUCUUCUCCGAGGAAGACCAACAAGACUCAAACCUGGUUUCUAUUCUUCCUGGAUUGCAGAGAUUGGUGAAGAAAGAUCCGGAAGUGACAGAGGAAAACAGAGCAGCGAGACCCUACUUGUCGGAAGCAUGGGAUGCUUGUGGAGGAAGAAAAGGGAAGAGACAAAUCACGCCGGAGAUAAAGUGGAGAGCUCCGGCGAUUAACGAAGUAGAGUUGAAAGAUCAUCUCAAACAUUGGGCUCAUGCAGUGGCUUCCACUAUUCGAUGA